AUGGAGGGAGAAGGAGAGGACCAGAGUCGAGGAGAAGAGGCUGAAACCUUCUCUUCAGUGGGCUCAUCUUCAGCAGGAGGAGGAGGAGACACCCACAGGCUGGGGGCGGAGCCACCACAGAAUGGGAUGUCUGUGUACUCUGCUCCUCAGUAUCAGGGUCAUGUGGUGGUGAGUGCCCCCCCUCAGCAGGAGCAUGGCGGCGCUCCUACUCAGCUUCUGAAUCCUAGUGCCCUCGUCCCUCACCAGGUGGUGGUGGACCCCCACCUCAGGCCGACCCCAGCCUUCCUCCCCUGCCUAGACGGUAUCCUGCAGGCAUGGGGGGAGGCAGGCGGAGGUGACUGCUGCGAGACCACCUUCAUUGAGGGGUUUGUUCCUGAUGCCUCCUCGUCCUCCGCCGCCACCGCAAAAGAGGCGACGCUGUCCCCUGAGGGGAGGUUUCUGAAUUUUCCUAGAGAUAACACAAAGAUUCACACGUUGUCGUACGAAAUCGACGAUGACGAUGAGUUCCAGGAGAGUUAUUACUCCAGCGAAUCAGAGAGCGAGGACACCUUCCUGUUAAUACCUCCCAGAGAUCACCUCGGUCUCAGCGUCUUCUCCAUGCUCUGCUGCUUCUGGCCCCUGGGCAUCGCAGCGUUCUACCUGUCACACAAGACCAAUCAGUCGGUGUCUAAAGGAGACUUCCAUCUUGCCAGCUCCAGCUCGAGGAGGGCUCUCUUCCUGGCCGUAUUGUCAAUCACUAUUGGGACAGGUAUCUAUGUGGGUGUGGGCGUGGCACUCAUCGCCUACCUUUCCAAGAACCACCAAUGGUAG